AUGGCAGGAAGGUUACGAUGGCGCGGGCUGCGCACCGAGUCCGUCGACAACUACUCCGGCGUCCUCGUGCCUCUGGAUCAGGCACAUCUCCACAGCUACUCUGCACGAUGCGGGAGGACAGAGUACGAGGAGCUCCCAGCCCACGGUGAUGAUGACGAUGACCCCAAGGACAGGGUCGGGGACGAGGGGACCGGAAUGCUGGAGAUGAGUGCAGCUGAGUACAGCAUCGAGGGGCUCAGGAAGGAGGUGCGGAAAGGCAGCGGUGGGAUGAGGUCGGAUUACGAGAUGAAAUCGAUGCUGGUGAACAAGGCGGUCCAGGAUAUAGGAAUGGGCAGAUAUAACUGGCACCUGUUCAUCCUGUGUGGUUUUGGAUGGUUUGCAGAUAAUUUGUGGAUGCAGGGAGUCUCAUUAAUUCUGCCAUCCCUUUCGGCCGAGUUUGGCGUCGCAGAGAAGACAGUUCGGUACACGACGAGUGCCGUAUAUCUGGGCCUCUGCUUCGGCAGCUUCACCUGGGGUGUCGGCUCCGAUAUCCUCGGCCGACGCAUCGCCUUCAAUAUGACCUUGCUGAUCACCAGCAUAUUUGGGAUUAUGACCGCCUUCGCAACCAGCUGGGCAUGGGUCUGCAUAUUUUUCUCCCUCUUAGGCUUCGGUGUUGGUGGCAACCUACCUGUCGACGGCGCCCUCUUCCUCGAGUUCCUACCCGAUUCUAAAUCAUCACUACUCACCCUGCUGUCCGUCUGGUGGCCAGUAGGCCAGCUGUGCUCGAGUUUCAUCGCGUGGUUCUUCAUCGGCAACUGGCCUGCGGACAAGGGUUGGCGACUUUUUGUGCUGGCCAUUGGGCUCAUCACACUCGGCAUGUUCUGCUUGCGCUUCUUCGUCUUCCAUCUCUUCGAGAGCCCUAAGUAUCUCUUGUCCCGCGGCCGGCAGCCCGAGGCUGUAGCAGUUGUGCACGGUCUUGCAUUCCGCAAUGGAGCAAAGACAUGGCUGACAGAAGCCGUCCUCGAUGCGGUGGUCAAUGGCGAUGACGCUUACGACAGCGGCGACGAGCGCGCGCGUCAUCGCGGUCACGCUGCUGUGUCUGCGCUGUCCACCAAGAGCGUCAUCAAGGCCAAGCUGGAUGAGUUCUCCGGGGCGCGCAUCCGCCCGCUCUUCAGCAAUCGCAAACUGGGCCUUGCGACCGCCCUGGUCUGGUUCUGCUGGGCAACUAUCGGAAUGGGCUACCCGCUCUUCAAUGCCUUCCUCCCCCAGUACCUAUCUCACGCAACUGGCGGCGGAGACGGCGCUUCGUCAUCGUCAGCACCCCGAGAGCCCGAUGCGACGGAUCCAACAAACAUCUCGGCCGAGACGUACCGCAACUACGCCAUCCUGAGCGUCGUUGGUGUGCCGGGCAGCAUCCUGGCCUACUUUACCGUCGACAGCCGGUCUGCCUUCCUGGGCAGGAGGGGCACCCUGGCCAUCGCGACACUCAUCUCUGCGAGCUUCCUCUUCCUGUUUGUCCGGUAUGGCAAGACCUCGGCCUCGCAGUUAGCGUUCAGCUGUGUCGAGGCCUUCAGCCAAAACAUCAUGUACGGCGUGCUCUAUGCGUUCACGCCCGAGAUCUUGUGA